AUGCUUUGCUCCCGUUGUCGCACGCAUCUCCUCUCCCGCCUUCCGUUCUAUCGCAGGUCGUCCGCUCUUCCGUCCUCCAGAUGCUCCGGAAUCAUAUCAAGGACUCAACAACGAACCUACUCGACUCCCACCAACCCCACACAAGCGACAGCAGCUGAAGACUCCGUCUCAACAUCUGGGAGUGCCAAUGACGCUACAGGAGCGGCUGCACCGCAAAAGGUGACGAGUACUGUCCCUGCCGGAACACGCCUAGCCGGAUUAAACUAUUUCAAAAACAAGCCCGAGGUCCUUGCGAUGGACGACAGCGAAUAUCCAGAUUGGCUGUGGAAGUUACUAGAUGACCCGAAGGCGAAGUCGGCUAAGGAUGGUUCUGGGAGUGUCGAUGUCUCUUCGAUGAAUAAGAAACAACGAAAACGCCACGAAAAGAAAAUGGCCGCUGCUGCUGCCUCUAAACCCCCAGUGAUCCCGCUCCACGAACAGUCUAUCGAUAUCAUUGCGGCGGAUGCUGUGGCUCCUGAUGCCGCGAAGAACUUCGAGGUGGCUUCCACGGGUAUCGAGGCCAGAAGAGCAAUCACCAAAAGCUCGCGCGAAGCGAGAAGGAAGUCGAUCAAGGAGUCAAACUUUUUGAAGGGAUUAUAAGAUGCCGGCUAUCGGUACUUAGCAUGGAGUUUGUGGGCAGCUUAAGGCAUGGUAUUCUCAGCGGUUAUUCGAGACAUAUACUGCUCGACCAUCGUCCUCUGUCUGUGCCGGUCUAGCUGAAUACCUCCGUUGUGGGAGAGGCGUCAAAGAGACAGGAGACGACGCCAAGGGCUACAGCAUUCUCGAAUGGAACAACGAUAAGGGGGCAGGAAAAUCCUCCAUUCAUCCCGUUAUCAACGGGUGUAUUGCUACGUUUCUGUAUAAUAUGCGUUGAUAUUUGAGGUGCCUUUUCUGCAUUUACGAGUUA